UGCUAGGCUCAAAAGAUGACUGUUGGGAGCCCUGCGGGAGCCCACGGUGGCGCGGAGGGGAGCCGUCAGAUAUUUCCUCCCAAGUCCUCGUCAGACACAGAGGCAGAAGAGGAGCUGCCUGGGGAUGGGCCGGUUCUGCCCAGGGCUGGCAAACUUGAUGAGUUCCUCAGUCCAGAGGAGGAGACAAAUUCUACUUCUGACUCAACUGGGAGCUUUUAUGAGACCCUACAGGUACUAAAGCAGAAAGGCAGACAGUGUCUGUUGGAGUCUUUCUUUCAGUCUGACCCAGACAGUGAUGACAACCUCUCUGAAGACGAGGAGGACCUGGAGAAGUUUUUCCAAGACAAGGGCAGGGGGAAGCCACAGGUCCAGUGUCCUCUGUCUCUGAGGUGUGGCUCUACAAGGCGCUGCAGCUCCCUGAGCAACCUUCCCUCCGAUAUUCCCAGGGCUCAGACCCAGCCACCAUCAGCCUCUGGGCCUCCCUCCCAACGCAGAAGUGUCAGCUCCUGGGCAUCAUCCAUCACCGUCCCUCGGCCAUUCCGCAUGACGCUGCGCGAGGCCCGCAAGAAAGCCCAGUGGCUGGGCUCACCUGCCUCCUUUGAGCAUGAGAGGCAGCAGGCCCAGAAGCAGGGCCAGGAGGAGGCCGAGUGCCAUCGGCAGUUCCGGGCACAACCUGUGCCUGCGCAUGUCUACCUGCCUUUGUAUCGGGAGAUCAUGGAGCGCAGUGAGUCCCGAAGGCGGGCAGGGAUCCAGAAGAGGAAGGAACUGCUCCUCUCUUCCUUGAAGCCCUUCAGUUUCCUAGAGAAGGAAGAGCAGCAAAAGGAAGCUGCUCGACAGAGAGACUUGGCUACCACAGUUAAGGCCAAGGCCCCUGAGCAGAAGGCCACCAGAAGGAUCCCCAAGUCCAUUCUGGAGCCAGCCCUCGGGGACAAACUUCAGGAAGCUGAGCUCUUCAGGAAAAUUCGCAUUCAGAUGAGGGCCCUGGACAUGCUCCAGAAGGCCUCCUGCCCUGUUGCCUCCUCUAGAAGCCAGGCCGACCGACAGCCCCGCACAGCCACCCGAACCCGGGAGGAAAAGCUCAGGUUUCUGCACACUGACUUUGGAUUCCAGCCUCGGGUGAAUCCUGUGGUCCCUGACUAUGAGGGCCUUUACAAGGCCUUUCAGAGAAGAGCUGCCAAAAGAAGGGAAACCAGAGAGGCAACUCGCAACAAGCCCUUCCCGUUGAGGACUGCCAACCUGUGUCAUACUCAGCGGUCCUGCCAUGCUGCCACCACCGGAGGGAGCAGGGAUUCCCCACAGCCACCAGCUACACCCCUGCCAAGGAGUCGUUCUCUAAGUGGCCUUGCUUCCCUCUCUGCCAACACGCUCCCUGUGCACAUCACAGAUGCCACCAGGAAGAGGGAAUCUGCAGUCAGAAGUUCACUUGAAAAAAAGGACAAGGCAGAUGAGAGUAUUCAGUGGUUGGAGAUGCACAAAAAGAAGUGUCAAGCGAUGUCUAAAUCUGUGACCUUACGUGCAAAAGCCAUGGAUCCCCAUAAAAGCCUGGAAGAGGUGUUCAAAGCAAAGCUGAAAGAGAACAGGAACAAUGACCGUAAAAGAGCAAAAGAGUAUAAGAAAGAAUUGGAGGAAAUGAAGAAGAGAAUACAAACAAGGCCCUACCUCUUCGAACAAAUUAGCAAGGAUCUUGCCAGGAAAGAAGCAGAACAACGGUAUCUGGACACCCUGAAGCAGGCUGGGCUGGAGGAAGACUUUGUGAGGAACAAGGGUCAAGACACCUGGGCUGUACAAGGGAAGGAAGGGACCAAAGUCAAGGAUUCUCCCAGCAUCCAUGAAACUACAAAAUUCAGCAUCAGAGAUCCACAGCAGGACUUAGAAGACUCUCUAGAACAGGCUACAUGUCCCAAGAAAGUACUGGAGGAGCUGUCUUAUGAAUCCCUGGACAAUCUCAAAUCACUUGCUUAA